CCUCUGUUGCUACACGGUCGUAUUUGACAGCGGGACCAGCGCAGAGCGACAGCAGCAGCUAUGGCUAAAAGUGAUGGAUGCGAUUAUUUUAAAAGAACCAGCACAUUUUGGAUCGUCGCCGUGACACUGGCGAUGGGAUUUUACACUUGCAUGGUGUUUGCACCAGAACUUCUCCCGUUGGAGCAUCUCGGUCUGUUCGGCACUUUCUGCAACCACCUUCUGGAUAACUAUGAUGGCAUCAUGUACAAAGGGUGGUGGGCUGCCUGGGCCAUCCAUGUCUAUGAGGCCUAUCUGGCCUGGAGGAUGUGUGGUAACAAAGGUAUCCACAACACGGCCACUCGCUGCCUCUGGGUCUUCCAGACCUUUCUGUUUGGCUUCGCCUCCCUCGGCCUGCUCGUCAAGUACGACCCCGAGCGCCCCAAACAGCACUGACUGCAGCAGGAGAAGCCCACAGAACAACACAGCAUAAGCUGAAUCCGGAGGAAAAAAUCAAUCGCUUCCUUGUGCCUCUUCUUCUUCUUCUUCUUCUUCUUCUUCUGUCUUUCUCUUUGAUAGGAAAUCCUGCUGAGGGAAAGUGGAGGAAGCUACCUGAGCCUUUUAUAAUGUUUCUUUUAACUGAAAGUAUUGAAGUGAAGACACAUCUUUGAUAUAGACACUACUUUUUCAUCCCUAGUUUAUCCUACUUUCAUCUAAAUUUAAUGUUCUAUUAAUAAACUAUAGAGGUUUUUACUCACAGCAAUAUAAACAGAGAUUAAUUCAGCACCAGACUUCGCUUAAUGAAUCUGCUCCCGAGCUGAAUAUGCAGUGCAAUAUACAAUGGGAACCUUUUUAUGAAAUAAUUUUUGUACUUUUAUGAUGUUUACAUUUAGCCUGGGUGAUGGCAGUUGGGAUAUUUUCUCAGCUGACAGGUUGGCUGCAGAUGGUACGCCGCCAUCGGCUUCAAAAAUCCAGGAUAAAAACAAAGAGCUGCUGUAUGCAUAUCAAGAUCACACUUUCCUUUCAUAUACUGAAGUGCUUUGAGUUCAACUUUUCAAACUAAAGACUGGAAGUUCUUAAUGUUAACACUAUAGAAUAAAGAGUGACUUACCAAACC